GCCGUCUCAUCUUUAACUACGGGUAUUAACUACGAUAAUUUGCGCCUUCAGACAAUCCGUCUUCUCUUUCAUCUUUCGUGAUUCUCACACCCACAUUCGUUACCCAAAAUCAACAUGUUCGCGCUAAAGUGCGUUUCUCUUCUUAUCCCCCUUUUGGCGGGAUCUGCGUCCGCCCUAGACCUCGACGUCAAGAGCUCCGACUCGGUGAAAUUUGUAGCAAAGACUCUUGCCAGCGCUCUCAUCGAUGAGUACAAGGGUCGCUCCGAUGAUAUUCCGCCAGGUCUCUUCUCGGAUUCUGGUGACCCGUACUACUGGUCGCAGUUCGGCGCCGUCUGGGGCGGUUUAGUUGAAUAUUCCAAAUUGACUGGAGACUCGCAAUUCGACGAUGUCGUUGCUGAGGCUCUCGAAUUCCAGCUUGGCUCGGACCGCAAUUACAUGCCGGUGAACCAGACCAGGACCUUGGACAAUGAGGGUCAAAGCAACUGGGCACUUGCUGCGCUGACAGCCUCCGAAACCAGCUUCAAGAAGCCAAAGGAAGGAGAAUGGCUGGAUGUUGCAAAGGUUGUCUUCGAGAACCUAGUCGGGCGCUGGGACGAGAAGACUUGCGACGGUGGUCUAAGAUGGCAAAUCUUUUCUUUCAAUAACGGAUACACCUUCAAGGACAUCAACUCUGCCGCCAACUUCUUCCUCCUAUCUUCUCGUCUCGCACUCGCAACGGGCAAUGAGACAUACUCUAAUUGGGCAGAGAAGUCCUUCAAAUGGGCCCAAUCAUCCGGAUUGAUUUCAGAAAAGUUCUACGUCUUCGCUGGACUGGAUGUUGAGAACUGUGAGAGCAUCAACCGUAUCCAAUUCACUGCUCCCUGGGGUGUUUUCACCGAGGGUGCUGCCGUCAUGUACAACCUCACCAACGGCAACGAGACCUGGAAGAACACCGUAUCGAAGCUCGUCGAAGCCGGCGACAUCUUCAAGGCCAACGAGACGUCAAUCCUCUCCGAAGUCGCCUGCGAGUCGAGGAACGUGUGCGGCAACGACCAAAAAUCUUUCAAGGGCAUCGCGUCUCGAUCUCUCGCCCGCGCCGCCCUCGUUGCCCCCUUCGUAGCCGAGCCAUUGCACGAGAUCCUCGAGGCCUCCGCUAAGGGCGCUGCCUCUAACUGCAAGGGCGAAGGAAAGGACAUUGCAUGCGGCUUCAAGUGGUUCGAGGCAAACUCUGAUGUCAACAGCCUUGGCGACGAGGGCCUCAGCGAGGUUCAAAGUGCUUUGGAGGUCGUCCAGGCGUUGUUGUACCCCGAGGCCCAGGGCGUUCUCAGCAAUGCUACGGAGAAGAACUCGACAGAGAAGCAGGAGCCAUCCAAGACGGGUACCGCGACAGGCUCUUCGGAGACCCCCGGUGCGGCCAGCACAACCGGUAUGGCAUGGAGCGCGGUGUUGUUCGCCGCCGUUCUCGCCGCCUCUCAGCUUUGAGGGGUUUCGCGGCUAUGCUGAUCUAGGAAUCCUUCCGCGAGGGCACUCCAUUUCAAUUCUAACAAAUUGCCUCUUGGACAUAUCAACCACAUGGAAUAAGCGGCGGCAGUUGAACACUUACAAUCAUACAUAUAUAAAUAAGCGCAUCGAAACAUACGUCAUUCUCUUGAUUGCGAAACCUUUUACCAAGUCUGCACAUUGUGUUGGACGUUGUUGUGAUCGAACACUAUUCUAGCAAUACCCUAAUGCUGUGUGCAAAAGUUAUCUACACGGCAAUGCCCUAAAUGAAUCGAUACUUGAAUAAUAAAGUCUAGUACGCCAAAAUAGUCUACAUUUAAGAAUGCCC